CACGGCCAGAGAGGAUGUGCGUGAGCGGUGGUCUUUUCAUCUCGCAGAAGCUCAGAGUCUGCUGGGUUUCAAUAUGAUUUUAAGAGGACUUUAGCGGGUUUUUUCUCCUUCUUUUCUUCCACCAGACAACCUCUGAACCCCGUGCUGGUUAAACCGACAAGAGAUGCGCCCAGAUAAACGCGGAUACAUUGUCCGGACACCGCGAGAGGAGGAGAGGAGCAUGUAACCGGGAGAAACACCGGCAGCGGCGGCGGCGGCGGCGGCACCACCUGACACUUCCCCCCCUCGCUCCUUAUUAACUCAGUAUUUGAGGCUUCUCGAUGUGUUGACUGAACUCUCGUCGUUGUUUUGGGUUUUAUCUUCAGCAAAAUGAGCGAGGAAGUGUCAGAGGUCCCCAAAGAGCUUCUGGAGAGUGUGAGGGAUGCACUGGGGAGGAAGGUGAAGCUGUCGCUGAGAAAGAGAGUCAAACUGGAGAUCAAAGGAGACAAGACGGAGAACAGAGUCCUGGCUCUCGCGUCUCACCGAGCUUACCUCUUGACGGCACGUAUUCCCACCAAGGUGGAACACUCCUUUAAUUAUCUGGAGAUCCAGGGGAUCGCUUGUAACAAGCCUACUCAGCUGCUGAUAGAGUACGAGCGUGGCUCCUUCUCUCUGAAGCUGCUCUCUUCAGAUGAGGUUAAUGAGGUCGUCGCUCACAUAGGAAACUGCCUGCUGAGGAUAUGUCCUGGUCUACCGCCUAGCAAAGUGAUGAAGAAGCUCUGCAUGGAGCCUCCAGACAGGCUGACCUCUCUGCAGACUCUGUGGGAGAGCAACAAGCCUGCUGAACCUGGACCCUGUGGUGGGUUUUCUCAGAUGUACAGAUGUGUUUGUGACUGGUUGGGGUUGCCUUACAGAGAAGAGGUGCAGUGGGAUGUAGACACCAUCUAUUUGACACAAGACACCAGAGAACUAAAUCUGCAGGACUUCAGCCAUCUGGAAAACAGGGAUCUGGUGGCCAUAAUAGCAGUCCUUGAGUUUAACCAGUGGUUCACCAAGCUCUCCACAAAGGACUACAAACUGUCUGCAGAUGUGUGUGAGCAGAUCCUCAGGGUGGUAUCUCGAUCCAGUCGACUGGAAGAGUUGGUUCUGGACAACGCAGGACUCAAAACUGAUUUUGCCCAGAAGCUAGCUGCUGCCCUGGCCCACAACCCCAGCUCAGGACUCACCAACAUUAAUCUUGCCAACAAUCCGCUGGAGGACAGAGGUAUCUCCUCCCUGGGUUCUCAGUUUGCCAAACUUCGAAUGGGACUAAAGCAUUUAAACUUUUCCAAAACCUCACUAUCACCCAAAGGGGUGAACAGCCUUUGCCAGUCACUGAGUGCCAACCCGUCCAUCCCCAGCAGCCUGGUCCAUCUGGACCUCUCAGGGAAUAUCCUCCGAGGAGACGACAUGCAGCAUUUCUGCCACUUCCUUGGUCAACCCAACAGCCUGGUAACCCUUGACCUCUCCAACACUGACUGCUCAUUGGACCAGGUUUGCUCUGCUCUGCUGCGAGGUUCGGUCCAACACCUCUCUGUUCUCAACGUGUCAAAGAGCGUCUUCCCUCACAGUAGGAAAGGCAAAGAGGUGCCGCCAUCAUUCAAGCAUUUCUUCAGCAGUGCCAUGUCUCUCAGCUCCAUCAACGUGUCAGGAACCAAGCUGCCACCAGAGGCCCUCAAGGCACUCCUGCUUGGUCUGGCCAGUAACCCCAAUCUGAAGGACGUAUCUCUAGACCUCAGCUGCUGCGAGCUUGGCCAUUGUCUGCGGUCAGGAGGUUCUCAGAUCCUUGAAGGUUGUAUUGCUGAGAUCCCAAACAUCUCCAGCCUAGAUAUCUCUGACAAUGGCCUGGACUCAGACCUGUCCACUCUGCUGGUGUGGUUGGCCAAGAACCGCUCCAUCAGACACCUCUCUCUGGGCAAGAACUUCAACAACAUAAAGUCAAAAAACCUCGCUCCGGUGCUGGACUGUCUGGUUCACAUGAUUCAAGAGGAGGAGUCGCCCCUCACCUCCUUGUCUCUAGCGGACUCCAAACUAAAGAGCGAUCUCACCAUCGUUCUCAACGCCCUCGGCAGCAACUCCUCGCUCACCAGACUCGACAUCAGCGGGAACGCCAUGGGCGACAUGGGAGCCAAGAUGCUGGCCAAGGCGCUGCAGAUCAACUCCAAACUCAGGACUGUGAUCUGGGAUAAAAACAACACCAGCCCUCAGGGUCUUCAGGAUGUAGCAGCCGCUCUGGAGAAGAACUUCACCAUUCGUUUCAUGCCCAUCCCCAUCAUCGAUGCCUCCCAGGCUCUGAAGGCCAGCCCUGAGAAAACAGAGGACGCCUUGCUGAAGAUUGAGAAUUACCUCUACAGGAACCAUGAGACCAGAAAAUACCUACAGGAACAGGCGUAUCGGCUACAGCAGGGCAUCGUGACCACAACCACACAACAGAUGAUUGACAGGAUUUGUGUGAAGGUGCAGGACCACCUGAACUCUCUGAGGAACUCAGAGACAGACACCAUCUUGGAGGACGUCAGGUCAGCAGAGAACCUCAUCAAAGAUGCCAGAAACUCAAAAACGCUGCUCCCUAAACUCUACCACCUUGGAUCAGCAUCCAGAGAGGAGGUGAACAGCUCGUCAGUGGGACCCAUCCAGGAGAAACUGGAGUCUAUGGCUGGGGAGGUGACAACUGUCAUGGACCAACAACUGCAGACUCUGUUGGAGUCCAUGGUAAACACAGCAGAGUCUCUGUGUCCCCAUGUGAUGAAGAAAAGUAAUCUUCGUCCAGAGCUGAUGAAGGCCAGCUCAGCCAAGGUGGUUGUACCCAAGAGCUUUGUCACCAAAACCCUCCUGGAGCAGUCUGGGGUGGAUAUUAUCAACAAGAUCAGUGAGGUGAAGCUGAGUCUAGCCUCCUUCCUGUCUGACCGCAUUGUUGAUGAGAUUUUGGAGGCUCUCUCCACUUCACAACACGCUCUGGCAGACCAUCUGGUACGUCGAGGUCGCCCCUUGGUGCAGCAGGAGUCUGUGGAUCUGGACGUCCCCGAGGAGAAGAUUCCUAAACGGGCAUCGACUGAAAUAUUGGAAGCUGAGAGGCUGGAGGAUCUGGAGACAUGCAUGACUUUGUGCUGCACCAGUAUGACUCCUAAAUCCAAGAGGAAAAGCAUCCACAGCAGAAUGCUUCGACCAGUGUCUCGUGCCUUUGAGAUGGAGUUUGACCUGGACAAGGCCCUGGAGGACGUGCCAAUCCAUGUGGAGGACACUUCAACUUCAUCUCAAACUCCGCCCACUCCAUCUCAGGUCCUGCCCAAACUGGAGCAACGUCCGCCAGGAACGAUGGUGGAGCUGCCGUCUGAGGAGGAAAAAAAGCUGCAGCACUUCACCAAACUACGACCCCGGAGAAACAAAAAAACACACUCCAGCAAAGUCCCUCAAAUCAACAGUGCUCCAUCUCAGGAUGGGGAGCAGAACGGCCUCAUGGGAAGGGUGGAUGAGGGUGUAGAUGAGUUCUUCUCUAAAAAAGUCACCAAGAUGGAUUCCAAACGCUCCCUGAAGAGUUCAGAGUCUCAAGAUGGAGAGAAAAAAAAGAGCAAAGGAGGAUUCCUCAACCUCAUCAAACGAUCCUCCAAAUCUGACAAAUCAGAUAAAUCUGACAAAUCAGAUAAGUCAGAGAAAAACCAGGCGACCCCUCUGUCCUCAUCCUCAGCCUCUGUAGGUUCAACGACAACUUCCACCAUCCCUGAGGAGCCCUCCUCACCUAAGGUGGCAGUGAAGAGCCCAGCACCUGAGUCAAAGUCAAGAGACGCCUCCAGCCGCUCACAGCCCACAGACUACAGCAGCAGCUCAGACCGAUCAGAAGAGCUGAGGACGCCGGACUCCAUAGAUGAGCCAUGGGAGGGUUCAGACGGCAGGGGCAGUCCACAGGGAGGGAGGCGGUACCCGGGAGUGCAGAUGAUGGGCAGCGGCCUCCUGGCAGAGAUGAAGGCCAAGCAGGAGAGGAGAGCACACAAGUCUUCCAGCCCCGAUAGACCUGACAGCAAUGCAACAGCAGCCAAGCCCACAACUCCAGAAAGCAGGUCUCCCAGUGGUUCCAUUAAUAAACCAGACACUGGUUCUCCAGAAAAGACCCUGUCGCGUGGUGAGACUAAGCCUGAACUGGUGCCUCGUCUCAGAGCUACUUCCUCCUCCAGUUCCCCCGGGGGACCAGUGAGUCCCAAACCGCCGGUGCCGCAGGGGGCGAAGCCGGCCCUGGCUGCCCGACCCACCAUCCCACAAAAGCCCAGGACCACCAGUAGCAGCAGGAGCAUAGAUGAGAGCCCAGAUUCCCCUAGCAUUGCUGGCAUCUCCCCUAAAGUCACAGGUCUCCCUCUCACACUGAAGAGGGGGUUGUCAGAGAAAGACAAGGAUGGCCAAACUAGUCUGCAGUCAGGAGGCUCUGCCAACAAAACCACUCAGGAAGGGAGGAUGGCGUCAGAUUCUGUUCAGCGACCCAGCCCUCUCCGUACCAACUCGGAGGAUCACGGCCCCUUCAAGUCCAAGGACCAAUCUCCAAACCCGGACAAGGACAAGGCAGCGGGCAAGAAGUCAUCGGACUCUGGGGAGGAGGCAGACAAAGACUUUAUUUUAAUAUGAGCGAGACAAAUUGACAACAAAAACUUGUUGACAAGACUCACUUGUUUUCCUUUAGAAAAGCAACUAAGGGGGAAUAUAAUCAAUAUGUUUUCAUUUAUGUUAGAGCUUGUACCUGCACUGUAGGUCCUGUCUGACCAUUAAGUACACAUAAUGUGUGGUUUGCAGGCAGGUUACCUGCUGUAGUAUCAGGUAACACACAGUUUCAAAUUCAGUUUAAUUUGAUGAUCUAAGAAGAUAUUGCUAGAUAUUAACACUGUGGGGAAUAUCCUCCAGGGAAUAUUUUCCAGUCAUGUCAUGUCUCCUAGUAAACCAAACUAAAUCUCCUUAGAGCUUCCUUCUCACACCCUUUUCUCUAGAACUGGUUUCAGCCUACUCUGCUGUCAGGUCAAAAUCUCAUGUCUGUAAAAGAAUAAACUUUUCAGGACUUGAAGAAAUAGGUCGUGGGAUGGAACUGAGUUUAAGUUUGUAAACCACUUUUUAAAAAAAAGAAGAGAUGUUGCUUUCAGGACUUUUUGUGCAAACGACAGCGAGAGAGAGAGACUGUGAACAAGUGUACAUUUAAAAUGACUCUGUAACUGAUAAGACUUACUAUUAUUUUGCAGUAGCUUGUCUCCCAGGGACCAAACACACACUAACAAUACCACUACCAAUGUACUGUACUUGAACUCAAGCAUAAAACUAGACCAGGACCAGGCAUUCUUUUCCCUCAAUAUAUUUGUAUGGAUUUUUCUAGAGGCUAUUUUCAGUAUGUGCAAGUUCCUUUUCUCCAGACUGAAUCAUUAUGCAAUUCAUCUUUUUUUUUUUUUACAGGAAAAUACAGGUUCAGCUGAGAAAAUCAGCACAAAAAUAAAUCAGUAAUACACAUUUGAUGUAGCUUGUCGGACAGUACUAAGGACUAAAUGGACUCAUCACUGAAGGACUGAAGGAUGGCUAUAGACUUUAUCAAACACCCCAACUGGACCCAAGUUUGGCUCAUGUGGGAGCAAAUCAGAGAGACCAUAUGAUGUGUUUGUGCUUUGCUAGGACUGUGGUACACUUUAACUUCCCUGACAACCAAUCAAUAAGGCUUCGGCACUGUUAACAAACACUAAACACUGUGGAAGAAACACAUUUAAAUUAUUUUUUACAUUUAGCUGCUGAGGUCUUUUUUUUCAUGAGACAUAUAUGAAUAUCCCCCCGAUGUGCUGAUGGUCCAAUGAAAACAAAGAACAUACUCAAAAAGAGGAAUAGCAAAGAGAAUCUGAAGAUAACGUGGGAGAUGCAGUCUUGUGAGCCCUAAAACACUCCUCUUCUUUUUGAGAAUUUUUCCUUCAGGACUUUCAGCUCACUUUCACAUUGUUCCAUGCAAGACAGGACACCUCUUCAAACUCACAGCAUUUCAAAACACAUUGCCUCUGUUAAGUAAUUGGGAAUACAGUGCCUGGAGUGAAAGUGAACUGAGGGUAGCUGUAGUUUGACCACAUGGACCUCUGGGCUGUUCUGUAUAUACCAUUUUAAGGACCUGAAUGCUUCACGACGACAACAACAACAGGUCUCAGGAUGAUUCCUCUCAUUUUUCUCUUUUAAGAGCAAGAAAUGCCCUUUUCACACUGCUACACAGUCUGCAAUCAGUUUCUUAAACAGAUCUUGACAAUUCCUCUUUUCAUUUACAACCUCUAGCUUUUUGGUUGAUACAGAAUCAGGCAAUUUUACUCAUGUUGCAUAUAUAAUUUGGGACAGAGGUUUGGCCUGUAAACUUUAAGUACACUCUUCACAUCUUUAUACUUCCGUAUAUUUUGUCCACUGUUCUAAUACUUACGCUUUUACAGCCAAACUACUAAGCAUUUGUGACAGAUGUAACACCCACACAGAGCAGCAGACUUCUUAUGCAUAACCAGUGUGAAAGGGGCACUGUAUUUUAUUGUACUGUACAAGAGUCAAAUUCAAGUCAGGGCCAAAGGUCUUACUGGUGCACCUUUUCCUAUGGUGUCUAUCAAUGUCUUUUUGUAGGAUUAUAAUUAGGUUUUAGCUUCUUUAUCACUAAUCAUGGCUUGGAAAUAACACUGUUCCUGCUGUAUAUAGUCAGUCAAUCUGUACUUGAUGUCAAUGGCCGCUUUGACUUUCAGUCUCAGUCACAAAAAUCAAACAUCACUUUUUUUGCGUGGGAGUGGUUCGAGGACACUGAGGAAAAAAAAAAAAAAACAGAACUUUGCAAUAUGUUCAAAGCAAACACAUGUGGCUGCGUGCUGUAUUCUGUUGGCAUUUUCAACCCUUUUCCUGAUGCAAGGGACUUAUCUCGACACUGUCCUCUAUUGUUUUUGCUUUCUGUGUAGGAAGCAGCUGGCUGUGUUUCUGUCAAGUUGUGCGAAAGAUGAUUUCCUGCUCAAUUCUGAAAAAUGAACAUUCACUUCUUUUGUUGGUGCACGGAGUGGAGAAAGUGAAAAUAUCCAGUAGCAUUGAGUCAAGACUCCUGAGUCUACAUGUGUGUGUGACUGCAUGAUGUGGCUGUGAGUCGUACUGUAUGUAUAUAUGUGCUUUCAUACAUGUAGGUGUAUGCGUGUGUAUAUAUGUAUGUGUAAUAUAUGCACAUGUAAUAUACACACUGUGGUAUAUUCACACGCCUACGUGACCACAGCAAAUCCUAUAUUGUUUUGGUACUAAGUACACUACUAUACUAGGGGUUUGUUUGUUUGUAACUUAUUUGGAAUAAAAAAAUGGCCGGUGAUCUCUUGAUCCUUUGUUGUUUUUCCUCUCACUUGUACAUUGUGUUCAUAAAUGUAGAAAUUAAUUCUUUGUAUGUAUUCAUUUGUUUUUGCAUAUAAUCAAUUCAAUGUUACUUUCUUCAUGAUUCAGAAAAAGAAUAAUCCAAAACAAUGACUGUUUUUUCUUGAGCUGGGAAAAAAAAAGCAUAAAUACUAAUGACAUAUUCGCUAAUUUUAUCGGCCUUCAUGACGUUAUUUGUUCCAUUUUGUCAUGGAUCAGUAUGUUUCACAAAGUCAUUCUGCCGGUGUUGGACAUUUCUUCAUGCAAAAUAUUAAGAAUGAUUAAAAUAAUUUUACAGUC